CGUCUUUUGCUCGGCCGAUCCUCCGCCUCUCCCUCUGACCCCUCCACCCAUGGCUCCCUUAGCCGAAGUGGGGGGCCUCUUGGGGGGCCUGGAGGGCCUGGGCCAGCAGGUGGGCUCGCACUUCCUGCUGCCCCCCGCCGGGGAGCGGCCGCCGCUGCUGGGCGAGCGGCGGGGCGCGGCGGAGCGGGGCGCCCGCGGGCCGGGGGGCGCGGAGCUGGCGCACCUGCACGGCAUCCUGCGCCGCCGGCAGCUCUACUGCCGCACCGGCUUCCACCUGCAGAUCCUGCCCGACGGCAGCGUGCGGGGCACCCGGCAGGACCACAGCCUCUUCGGUAUCCUGGAAUUCAUCAGUGUGGCAGUGGGACUGGUCAGUAUUAGAGGUGUGGACAGUGGUCUCUACCUUGGAAUGAAUGACAAAGGAGAACUCUAUGGAUCAGAGAAACUGACUUCUGAAUGCAUCUUUAGGGAGCAAUUUGAAGAGAACUGGUAUAAUACCUAUUCAUCCAACAUUUAUAAACACGGAGACACUGGCCGCAGGUAUUUUGUGGCACUUAACAAAGACGGAACUCCAAGAGAUGGUGCCAGGUCCAAAAGACAUCAGAAGUUUACGCAUUUCCUGCCUAGACCAGUGGAUCCAGAAAGAGUUCCUGCAUUGUAUAAGGACAUACUAAUAUACACUUAGACUGUGAUCGUGUCUUUACUGAAGAACCAAACUGCAACCAUUUUUUCUUAUUAUAGUUCCCAGAGUAAAAUAAUAACCCAGGAAGACAUUCAGAAUGUUUCAGAGCCUAUUUUCCACUCAGAGACUGAAUUUGGAAAGAACAUUAGGAACAAACAAAAAAACUUUGGCUGGACAUAGCUCAAGAUCUCUCUUUAUAAGUGGAUUAAGUUCCCUUACGUACACUGGCUCAGUCCUUAAUGCUAGAUUGAAGCUGAAAAUCUCUAAGACGUGGAUAAUGGGAACUCUACCUAGUUUGCUGCUCUGGUGCCUCACCUCUCUGGAAUAUGUUUACUCUAAAAGUUACAUUAAAAAUAGAUACUUCAUGUUGAAGAAAUGGAUUGACAUGGUUGGCCAGGAUUACUGCUACAUAUAUUUUAAGGACCUUGAAGGAUUUUGCAGGUUAUGUAAAAAAUUCUAUGUA